UCAAUCAUUAUACAGUCCUUGUAAUUAAUCAUGGUCUUCCUUGCAUGGGCUACCUGUUUCUUAUUCUUCUAUGCAGCUCACUUUGUUGCAGCAUCUCAAUCCUCAGCACUACAACUGGAAGCAAACGCUUUGCUGGCGACUGGGUGGUGGAGAAGCAUCAAUUACACCAACAAUAUCUCAAGUCGUUGCGAGUGGCUUGGUAUUACUUGCAAUGUUGCUGGAAGUGUCACAGAGAUUGACAUGAGCUCUAGUACUCGUUUCUAUUUGGAAGGAGGUGAGAUGUCACAAUUCAACCUCUCUUGCUUUCCAAAUUUAGUCCGCCUUGAUCUUUGUAACACUGGACUUCAGGGGAGUAUUCCAGUCGAGAUAGGUACUCUAUCCAAACUCACCUACCUUGAUCUGUCAUAUAAUGCUCUGACAGGUGAGUUGCCACUUUCAGUUACAAACCUCACCCAAUUAGUGAUGUUUAACGUUUCUUUUAAUCAAAUCAUUGGAUCAAUCCCUACUUCUCUUUCGCUUUUAAUCCAUCUCACCCAUUUCGAUUUGUAUCACAAUCAAAUCAAUGGUUCUAUCUCUUCCACUUUGGAUAAUUUAACUAAUUUGAAAGUUUUGAAUCUUGCUUUCAAUCAAAUCACUGGUCCAAUCCCUUCCACUUUGAGUGAUUUAACUAAUUUGAAAGUUUUGUCUCUUUAUUCCAAUCAAAUCAAUGGUCCAAUCCCUUCCACUUUGGGUAAUUUAACUAAUUUGAAAUAUUUGUAUCUUGAUUCCAAUCAAAUCAAUGGUUCCAUUCCCCCAGAAAUAGGAAACAUGAAGAAUUUGACUAUGUUGUACCUCUCGAAUAACAGUCUCAUUGGUCCAAUCCCUUCCACUUUGGGUAAUUUAACUAAUUUGGAAUAUUUGUAUCUUGAUUCCAAUCAAAUCAAUGGUUUAAUCCCUUCCACUUUGGGUAAUUUAACUCGUUUGAGAGAAUUGUGUCUUCAAUCCAAUCAAAUCAAUGGUCCAAUCCCUUCCAUUUUGGGUGAUUUAACUAAUUUGAAAGUUUUGUCUCUUUAUUCCAAUCAAAUCACUGGUCCAAUCCCUUCCACUUUGAGUAAUUUAACUAAUUUGAAAAGAUUGUAUCUUCAUUCCAAUCAAAUCAACGGUUCCAUUCCCCCAGAACUAGGAAACCUUCAUUCGUUGGAAAAUCUUAACCUUAGUCAUAACUUUAUUAGUGGAGAAGCACCUGUUGAACUUGGGUCUAUUGACAAUUUACGAAGCUUAGAUCUCAGCUCCAAUAAUCUUAUCGGCAAUAUUCCCAAUAGUUACAGUUCUAUUCAAACAAUCAACUUGUCGUACAAUUCUUUGUGCGGUAACUUCACGGGUUUCCCUCUUUGCCCACCAACUCGUAACAAAUCAAUUGUAACCAAAGCAAAAAUUUGUGUUCCCAUCGCCAUUUCCCUUGGAUUCUUAAUUGUUGGGGGCUUUCUCCUAUGUCGACGCAUGGUCAAGAAACCCCACUUUGAAUCAAGAAAAGAAACAAAGCAUGGGAACUUGUUCUCGAUAUGGAAUUAUGAUGGACAUAUUGCAUAUGAAGACAUCAUUGAAGCAACCGAGGACUUUGAUAUAAAAUAUUGUAUUGGAGUCGGUGGUUAUGGCAGCGUUUACAAAGCAAAAUUACCUGGUGGAAAAGUAAUUGCCUUGAAGAAACUUCAUCGAUUGGAGGCUGAGAACCUAACUUUUGAUAUGAGUUUCAGAAACGAGGUAAAAGUGUUAACAGAGGUUCGCCAUCGAAACAUUAUAAAACUUCAUGGGUUCUGUUUACAUAAGCGAUGCAUGUUUUUGGUUUACGAGUACAUGGAAAAUGGAAGCCUAUUUUGUAUCCUAAAUAAUGAUGUUGAAGCAAUAGAAUUGGAUUGGAGCAAGAGAUUAAACAUCAUCAAAGGCACUGCCCACGCUUUAUCUUACAUGCAUCAUGAAUGCAUUCCAGCAAUUGUUCAUCGAGAUAUAACAAGCAACAAUAUUUUAUUGAACAAUAAACUAGAGGCUUUUGUCUCUGACUUUGGCACAGCUAAGCUCCUUGAUCCUGAUUCCUCCAACCAAACAUUAGUUGCCGGCACUUACGGUUACAUUGCUCCAGAGUUGGCAUAUACAAUGAAAGUUACCGAAAAAUGCGAUGUUUAUAGCUUUGGAGUUGUGGCACUGGAAAUAAUAAUGGGAAGACAUCCAACGGAACUCUUGGCUUCAUUAUCAUCAUCGUCUUCUCAAAACAUGAUGUUACAUGAAAUAUUAGACCAAUGUUUGCCACCUCCCAAUCAUUUGGUUCAACAAGAUAUUUUCCUUGUCGCUUCAAUAGCAUUUGCAUGUCUCCACGAAAAACCAAAGUCUCGGCCUACAAUGAAAUGCGUGUCUCAAGAAUUUCUUUCUCAGAAGAAGCCAAUAGCCAAGCCUUUACAAGCACUUUCAUUAUGGCAGCUAAGGAACCAAAAAAUGUAUAUGAUUUGAUCGGGGAAAGAUCCCCAAUUAUGAAGUGUUUGUUUUAAGGCAGAGGAU